AUGGAGACAUCUCGUGGACCCGAAACUCAAGAGUCUUUUGAGCUUACUGGCGAAUCUAACCCGAGGACACCAGAACGCCGCACUGGAGAGACUGAGUCUUUCGACACCGACUCCUCCGACACAGGCGAUGACGCAACUGUCGAGGUUGAAAGGCGGAAUUCCCGGGCAACGAUCGAAGAACUCGGCAGAGAAGAGAUCGAGCGCAUAAUCACCACACUUUCGCGAAGAUACAGCGUAGCCGAUGGAGGCCAACACCCCGGAGGCCUUCUUGACCAGAACGAUCCUACUUUGGAUCCUCAGCAAAAGCACUUCGAUCUUUCAAAAUGGUUGCGUCAUUUCAUUCAAAAGCUGAAUGACGAAGGGCACAAGCAAAAACACACCGGCCUAGUGUUUAAAGACCUCAGUGUUUCGGGGUCAGGGGAGGCUCUUCAACUGCAAAAGACUGUGGGCGAUUUAUUCUUGCAACCACUGCGGAUAGGCGAGGUCUUCCGUCGCGGUAAAUCCCACAAACAGAUUCUCCAUAACUUCAAUGGACUCCUCAGGAGCGGCGAGCUUCUCAUAGUGCUCGGUCGACCAGGCUCUGGCUGCAGCACGCUCCUGAAGUCUAUGUGCGGAGAACUAUACAGCCUCGAUGUGAGCGAAAAGUCAAUCAUCCAAUACAACGGCAUACCGCAGAAAACGAUGGUUGCGGAGUUCAAAGGCGAGAUGGUGUAUAACCAAGAGGUCGACAAACAUUUCCCUCACUUGACAGUUGGGCAGACACUGGAAUUCGCAGCAUCGUCCAGGACUCCUUCGCGCCGGAUCCCAGGCAUGUCUCGUGAUGAGUUCAGCCGUUAUGUUGCGCAGGUUGUCAUGGCGGUGUGCAGUCUCAGUCACACCUACAACACCAAAGUCGGGGACGAUUUCGUCCGGGGUGUCUCUGGCGGAGAGAGGAAGAGAGUCAGCAUUGCUGAGAUGAUGGUGGCUGGAUCUGCGAUAUCUGCGUGGGACAACAGCACUCGUGGUCUCGACUCAGCAACAGCUCUAAAAUUCGCACAAAGCUUACGGCUUGCAUCAGACUUCGGCGGAAGUUCAAAUGCCGUCGCCAUCUACCAAGCCAGUCAGGCCAUCUACGACGUGUUCGACAAGGCUACCGUGUUAUACGAGGGCCGCCAGAUCUACUUUGGUCCAGCCGAAGGAGCAAAGGGAUUCUUUGAGAGACAGGGCUGGUUCUGUCCCCAACGUCAAACAACGGGCGACUUUCUUACCUCAGUGACCAACCCUCUGGAACGGAAGGCUCGACCAGGGAUGGAAAAUGCAGUUCCCCGGACACCCCAGGAGUUUGAAAAUUACUGGCGCCAAUCGCCCGAAUUCGAGGCGUUGCAGACGGAUAUCAUAGCAUAUGAGCGCGAGUUCCCUGUCAAUAACGAGGGUCAGAGCAUCACUAGAAUGCGCGAUGCCAAGAAUUAUGCGCAAGCCAAAUACGUCCGUCCAAAGUCAGCAUACCUCAUAUCCGUCGCUAUGCAGGUGAGAUUGACGACAAGACGGGCCUACCAACGCAUAUGGAACGACAAAGCGGCAACCCUCUCCAAGACAAUAUCGACUGUUAUUGUGGCGUUGAUCGUUGGGUCGGUCUUUUACGGUGGUGACGACACCACGGCUACUGUCGCCUCCAAGGGCCUGUACUCGCAGCGACCCAUCGUCGAAAAGCACGCCAGCUAUCGGUUUUAUCAUCCGGCUACAGAAGCUAUAGCCGGAGUCGUUUCCGACAUACCCAUCAAGUUUAUCACAGCUGUUGCCUUUAAUACCGUCCUCUAUUUUCUAGGCGGCCUACGGCGUGAGCCAGGCCAGUUCUUCCUCUACUUUCUCGUUACCUAUAUGUCGACUUUCGUCAUGAGUGCGAUAUUUAGGACCAUGGCGGCGGUUACCAAGACCGUCUCUCAGGCCAUGAGUCUGGCAGGUGUCCUCACGCUAGCGCUUGUUAUCUACACGGGCUUUAUCAUUGCCGUGCCGCAGAUGCAUCCGUGGUUCGGAUGGAUUCGCUUCGUUAAUCCAAUUUUCUACGCCUUCGAGAUGCUGGUGGCAAACGAGUUUCAUGGCCGCGAGAUCGACUGCGCUACGAUCGUUCCUUCGUAUACCUCGCUCGAGGGCGACUCUUUCAUCUGCUCGGCCAUAGGCGCUGUUGCUGGUCAGCGUUCCGUCAACGGCGAUGCUUACAUCUCCACGAGCUACCAGUACUCCUACGAUCACGUUUGGCGCAACUUCGGCAUUCUCGUGGCCUUCUUGAUCGGUUUCAUGAUGAUUUACUUCGUGGCAACGGAGCUGAACUCUUCCACCAACAGCGCGGCCGAGAUGCUGGUCUUCCAGCGUGGCCGCGUUCCGGCACAUCUCCUCAAGAGCAGGAAACCCACCGGAGAUGAUGUAGAGACGGCAGGAGAGGAGUUGGGCGAGAAAGGCAACGAGAAGGACACCCAAGUCAACGCUGUUGAGCCACAAAAGGACAUAUUCACCUGGAGAGAUGUUGUCUACGAUAUUGAAAUCAAGGGCGAGCCUCGCAGAUUGUUAGACAAUGUUUCUGGUUGGGUCAAGCCAGGUACUCUGACUGCCCUCAUGGGGGUGUCAGGGGCAGGGAAAACCACUCUACUGGACGUAUUGGCUCAGCGAACCUCUAUGGGUGUCAUUACUGGUGAUAUGUUCGUCAAUGGAGCCCCACUGGAUGCCAGUUUCCAACGCAAGACUGGCUAUGUCCAGCAGCAAGAUCUUCACUUGGAAACAGCCACGGUCCGCGAGAGUCUUCGCUUCAGUGCCAUGCUCCGUCAGCCCAGUAGCGUGAGCACGGAGGAGAAGUAUCGGUUUGUCGAGGAUAUAAUCCGGAUGCUCAGUAUGGAAGACUUCGCCGACGCCGUAGUCGGGGUGCCAGGGGAAGGCCUGAAUGUCGAGCAGCGAAAGCUCCUGACCAUCGGCGUGGAACUGGCAGCGAAACCCCAGCUACUCCUGUUCCUCGACGAACCAACUAGUGGGUUGGACUCUCAAAGCUCGUGGGCCAUUUGCGCUUUUCUGCGCAAGCUCGCCGAUUCUGGCCAGGCGGUACUGUGUACGAUCCAUCAGCCCAGUGCCGUUCUGUUUCAGGAGUUCGAUCGGCUGCUCUUCCUGGCCAAAGGAGGCAAGACUGUCUACUUUGGCGAUAUCGGAAAAAACUCGCGCACUCUUCUCGAUUACUUCGAGUCCAAUGGAGCCAGGGCGUGCGAGGAUCAGGAGAAUCCCGCAGAAUACAUGCUCGAGAUCGUUAAUCAAGGAAAUAAUAGCCGUGGGGAAGAUUGGCACUCGGUGUGGAACGCCAGCCAAGAACGUCAAGCUGUUGAAAGUCACAUCGACCAACUUCACGAGGAGAGACGGGCUACGCUAUCAUCAACGGAUCAAGACCAAAGCGAGGACCACGAUGAGUUCGCCGCUCCCUUCAUAGUACAGCUUCGCCAUGUCACCUUCAGAGUCUUCCAGCAGUACUGGAGGAUGCCUAGCUACAUCAUGGCCAAAUGGGGCCUUGGCCUCACGGCAGGCUUAUUCAUCGGCUUCUCCUUCUAUCAAAACUCGGGAAGCGCCAGCCUAGCGUCCAUGUCCAACGUCAUUUUCGGCGUCUUCAUGGUGACAACGAUUUUCUCUACGCUCGUCCAGCAAAUGCAGCCGCUGUUUAUCACACAACGCUCCCUCUACGAGGUCCGCGAGCGUCCGUCCAAGGCCUACUCAUGGCAGGCCUUCCUGCUCGCCAACAUCAUCGUUGAGAUUCCCUACCAAAUCGUUACGGCCGUGCUCGUCUACGCGUGCAUCUACUACCCCAUCGCCGGCAUCCAGGACGCAUCCCGCCAGGGUCUGGUCCUACUCAUGAUGAUCCAAUUCCUCAUCUACACGAGCACCUUCGCGCACAUGACCAUUGUCGCCCUGCCGGAUGCCGAUACGGCGGGCGCCAUAGUGUCGCUGCUGACCAUGAUGUCCGUGAUCUUCUGCGGCGUGCUGCAGGCCCCCAGCUUGUUGCCCGGCUUCUGGGUUUUCAUGUACCGCGCCAGCCCCUUCACGUACUGGAUUGCGGGCAUCGUGUCGACGCAACUUCAUGAUCGGGCCGUCGAGUGCUCGGCUGCAGAGACGUCCAUUUUCAGCCCGCCGGAUGGACAGACGUGCGGGCAGUACCUUUCCGAUUACCUGCAGACGGCGCCAGGUACGCUGCAGAACCCAGGUGACAUGACCGAUUGUCGGUACUGUAGCAUUACUGUUGCUGAUCAGUACCUGGCUGGGUCCAACAUCUUCUGGGACGAAAGGUGGCGGAACUUUGGUAUCAUGUGGGUGUAUAUUGUCUUCAAUGUCGCGGUUACUAUCUUGACUUAUUACUUCUUCCGCGUUGCUAAGCUUGGGGGAAAGGGGAAGAAGAGUAAGAAGGGCAAGAACGAUAAGAACGAUAAGUCUAAGGUUUGA